AUGAUCUAUAAGACAUUAUCAUUGCCUCAAAAUAUAUGUAAGAUUUAAAAUUAUAUUAAAAUAAAGCCCCUCAUUAUACUCUUAAAUAUGCCAAGAGCUAAAUGAAUGAAGUAUAAAUGCUACAGGAGAGUAGAAUAUGUUGCCAUAUUAAAAAAAUAAACUAAAGUCUAUUCUAUGAGACUAUAGUGAAUUACUUUUAUCUAUUCCUCCAAUACUCCAUAUAUCAACUUCACUAGAAAAUAAAAUAUUUUCGGGUUUUAUAUUAUAAUGACUAUUUGCUUGCAAUUAAAUGUAUAAUUAUUAUUUUAACCUUCUUAUUCUCUGUUCCUGUCGCUUUAUUUGCUACUCAUUAAAUAAUUAAUAUCCUACAACUAAAUGUUAAUAAUAUUAAUAUGGAGAAGUUUAAUUAACUACUGUAACAUAAAAAAUUACGAUGA